AUGUCUUCGGAGCCAGCGUCUGGCAUCGACUUCAGCAGGAGAGGCCUGAAGAAGCAGUGUUCGUUCAGCAUCGAGAACAUCCUCUCCAGCCCGGCAGAGAAAAGCCCCCAGGUCCUGGUCCCGCUGUGCCUCCAGGGGCUCUUGGACUGUGCACCCAAGGGGCGGUGCGAGCUGGAGGCAAUCACAGCCAGCUCCCUGCCAGACGAGGAGGAGGAGGAAGAGCUGGAAGCUGCAGGUUACAACUGCUGCUGCUGUUCUCGCACGAGUGCCCGUUCCCCGCAGGACUCACCGAGUUGGCUGGACGCCAGGUUCCCCUGGCCCAUGCGGCUGUUUCACUCGGCAGUCAGGGCCUGUCAGAGUACCCAGGGGAGCCCGAGCGAGCUGCAGCCCUUCCACCAGAUCCAGCGACGGACACGCCGGCAUCGCACCAUAUUCACCGAGGACCAGCUCCAGGCCCUGGAAACGCUUUUCCAUCAGAACCAGUACCCAGAUGUCAUCACCAGAGAGCACCUAGCAAACCGCAUUCACUUGAAGGAGGAGAGGGUAGAGGUUUGGUUUAAAAAUCGACGAGCCAAGUGGCGGCAUCAGAAGAGGGCAACUGCUUCAGCUCUGAUCCUUCAAGGCACUAAGAAGUCCCCUGAGGAGGCCUGUUAG